AGCAUCUCAGUUAAAAUGCUCCCAUCAGACUCAUCGGUCAUGUUUAAAGAAUCAGCAUACUUUUCUGAGAAUGGACCAAAUUCUUCUCUGCCUUCGCCUGCUAUCCGCGCCGCUCAAAAAGCCCGCCACCUGUCAAGAUCUAUGACUGUUCGAUUCGAAAAUUUAAAACUUGUUGUCAAAUACGGAAGAGAGAUCACCAUCGCGGAAGCCCUGUGUCUCUGGGUAAUCCGCAGAUUUCUGCCUGACCAAGUACCUGUUCCUGAAUUGUAUGGCUGGUGUGAAGAUGGUGGAGAGUUCUUCAUAUAUAUGGAGCUUAUCCAAGGCGAAACGCUUGAGAACAAAUGGAAGUCGCUAUCGAAACCCGAGAGGAUAGAUGUUUGUGGCCAGCUUCGGGUGAUGUUAUCGGGGCUGCGAAGCUUGAAACAAGAUCCGGAGAAUCAAUUCCUAGGCCGCAUCAACCGCCAACCUCUUCUUGAUAUCAUGUUCACGGACGAGACGAAGCCCCCCGCUGGCCCUUUCUUUUCAGUCAAGGAAUUCCACGAUUGGCGCUCCUUCUUGACGAAACAGGGAUUGGAAAUGCAUUGGCCGGAUCCUUCUCUCAUUCCUGAUCCAUUCCGCGACUCACUUCCCGAUAAUUCGCCUGUCACCUUCACUCAUGCUGAUCUUCAUCCUAGCAAUAUCUUGGUUACGUCCGAUGCGCCCUAUCGUGUUGUUGCCAUUAUUGAUUGGCAUCAAUCCGGUUGGUACCCGGAUUACUGGGAAUACUGUAAAGCUAAUUAUACGGCUGAGUAUAAUGGAGAGUGGAACACUCAAUAUAUACCGCGAUUUGUGGACAUUCCAGAGUGUUAUGACGCUUGGAACUUCUAUGCCCAAUCUUUUGGAUGCUAAUAACAGGAGGAAUGUUGGCAGAGUCAACGCAAUACGAGGUCUCUUGGCUAGGUACUCGUUUUGACCAGGUAACCGACCAGUCUUACUAACCGCCCAACCACUAAACUUUCAUCGCCCAUGGAGCGUUCUAUAUCCCCUUUGCUCUCUUAUGACGGAAGUAACCUGAAGUCGACGACGGCUACAAGCAAUAUCCCUUUGGGAACCCCCAC